UGUAACGCCCAGUGGAGGCCAGGCUGGAUUGUGGUUGCCAUGCUGGGAAGCCAUCAGGACACUUUGAUGGAAUCACCACAGACUUUUACCUACCCUUUUUACCAGAUUUCCCAGGAUUUUGCUUCUUCAAAUGCGAUGACUCAGCAGCUCCAGGAGGAAUUUGACAGCAGCGUGGAGAAUGCAGAAGCUUGGAUGAAGGCCAUCCAAGAGAGACUGAAGAUCAAUGACAACACCAAAGGACCUCGAUCUGCCCUAGAAGCCAGACUGAGAGAGACUGAGAAAAUACGUGCCCUGGAACCAGAAGGCAGCUUGAAAAUGGACUUGAUUCUUGUGAAGGCAGAUGCUGCUCUUCGCAGCAUCAGUGAGGAUAAGAAGCAUGAGGUGCUCUCUAAACUGAAAGACAUUAAAGCCUUGUGGGAAGAGACAGCCAUAUACAUUACUCAUUGUCACAGCCGCAUUGAGUGGGUCUGGCUGCACUGGAGCGAGUACCUGAAAGCCCAGAAUGAGUUUUACACAUGGAUCCACAACAUGAGGGUGACCUUGGAGCCUGACAUUGAGUUGCAGCUUGGCUUAAAGGAGAAGCAGUGGCAGCUGAGCCAUGCUCAGGUUUUGCAGAAUGAUGUCCUAAAUCAGUCAGUCCUGCUGGAAAGGCUGCUGGAGGAAGCUGCUUCGUUGUUCAGCAGGAUAGGUGACCCCAGCGUUGAUGAGGAUGCUCAGAAGAAAAUGAGGGUGGAAUAUGAAGGAAUCAGACAAGAAGCUCAGAACAGAGUGAAACUGCUUGAAACGAUAACCAAGGAACAUGAGCAGUACAGCGCCAGUGUCAACCAGUUUCAAUCAUGGCUCAGUGGUGUCACAGAGAGAUUAAACUGCUGCACUGGAGAAGCAACCACGUCUUCAGCAGAGGAGAAGCUAAAGGCACUGAAGGAAAUUGCCAAAGAUAUUAGGAGUGGUGGAAAGAAAUGGAAGCACCUUGAAAAUCAGUGUGCAGAGGUGAUUCAGAAUACCUCUCCACUUGGAUCUGCAAGACUGAAGGAUGAACUUGAAGAGCUAAGAAAAGCCUUGGAGAAGUUGAAACUGCUGAGUAGUCAGGAGGAGGAGAGAUUGCUCAAGAUCCAACAGUCUGACAGUGCCUAUGAGUCCCAAGCCAGACAAUUGGAAGCAGACAUCCAGCAGCUGAGGAAAGAUUUACAGAGACUGGAAAAUGACCUGGACCCUGGGGAAGGGGAAAAGACUGAAGAUGAGUUUGUAAUGCUGUGGAAAAAAUGCAAUGCAACAAGGGCAGCUCUGGCUGCAGAAGAGUCAAAGAUUGAGAGGCUGAAGGCUCAGCUUAAAGAACUGCUACGGUUUCCCCAAGAUGUGCAGCCACACAUUGACAGUGUUGUCUCUGCAAUACAGCAGUAUCAAAGUGUUAGAAGCAAGACUUCUAAAAUGAGCACUGAUACAGAAACCCAGAUGUGGAGACUCAUCCAAGAUCCCCUGCAAAGUUUUGAGCAGUGGAAGCCAUCGGUCCAGAUGCUCCUGGAGACUCCAGAGCCAGAGCUGGCUCACAUUGAGGCUGCUCUAGCUGAAAGCUCCCAGUUCAAAGAGAAGUUGAUGACAUUACAGAUAAAGAAAGAUGUGCUAAACAAUGUCCUUGGUGAGGAAAAAGCAGAGUCUUUCCUUCAAGAAGUAGCUGAAGCUUCAAAGGAGAGAGAAAUUUUACACAAAAGUCUGCUGCAAAGCAAGAGCAAACUUCAGAAUUUGAUAUUGCAGCAUAAGAACUUUGAUGCUGGUUUUGCACCAUUGCAGAAGAAAUUAUCUGCCAUCAAAGCCAAAUUAGAUCUGGAGAAGGAACCACGGCCUGACUUCUUGGGUAAAAAGACACAACUCCAGAGACUCCAGAUGAUCCAAGAUGACUUGGCAGAGCUUGCAAUUCACAUGGAGGAGGUAGAGAAGCUUGUUCAGUCAAAUACCACACACAGGCAUGAAAUGAACCAACUUUCAUCUGACUCUCAAGCCCUGAAGAGAUCACUGGAGAUGAUGAUACAGCAGAGUGAAGACCACAUUCAGAAGCACUGGGCGUAUAAUGACAAACUGUCUGACCUCCAGCAGUGGAUCUCAGUAACCAGGGAGAAGAUUGAUUCCUGCCAGGAUGCUGAUGGAGAGCAGAACACCGAGGGCAGGCUGGAAGACCUGGAGAGAUUGCUGGCCGAGUUUCCAGAUAAGGAGAUCCAGCUGCACCUUGUGGAAACUCGUGGCCAGCUGGUCAUGGAGAAUUCUUCUCCAGAGGAGACUGCCCAUGUCCAGGGAGAGCUGGAUCAGCUGAAGGAGUCAUGGAAAUCACUGAAGGAAAUGGCAACUGGCCUCCUCAAAAAGUGGCAGUUAAGUAGACCAGUGGCUGACAAGAAGAAGAAAAGAGCAUUUGUGGACAGCAGAUGGAUGUCCAGACCUGCUUUCCACCUUUUUGAUGUCGAUCCCAGCCGUGAGCAGGAGAAGAUGGGAGAAGGGAAAACUACAAGCAGCCACUUGAAGCUCCUACAUGACUUUGAAGAGUGGUUACGAGGAGAAAACGCUGAACUGACCAAAAUUCUUGCUGGGACUCCAUCUUCUGCAGAGGAAAUUAAGGCACACCAGAGCAAACUUGAGGAGCUGCAGUCUCGUGUGCCUCAAGGUCAGCGUCUCUUUGAGGACCUCCUUCAUCUUCAUCCUGUUGUGGGGAGUUCUGAAGACCUGGAGGACCUGCGCUACCGAUGGAUGCUCCACAAAUCCAAGCUGAGAGAGGCCCUGGGCUCACUGAGUGCUGGAUCUUUGGAGGAACCAGACAGAUUCAGAAAGCAGCGCUCUGGAGGCAUGUGCUCGUACCUGCGCCGCGUGUGCCGGGCAGCGCUCCCCCUGCAACUGCUCCUGCUGCUGCUGCUGCUCCUGGCAUUCCUGCUGCCCCUGGCAGACAAGACCCACAGCUGCACCCUGGCCAACAACUUCGCUCGCUCCUUCAAGCUGAUGCUGAGAUACGAGGGCCCACCUCCCACGUAACUCCUUGGAGCGGCACGAGGUGACGGCCGAAGGGCAGACUCUCUGUUCUUAACUGCAGCUAAUUAGUACAUUUUAGGGCUUCUAACACAGCCAUGCCAAUGGGAUAGAUCACAUAAUGCAACAUAAGAUUAAUCCACUUUAAUCAGGUAUUUGAGCAAAAUUAAUAUUUUUACAAUUUUUUUAUUAUUGUAUUUAUGAUAUGUAUAUAGAGAUUGUGUAUGUGUAUGUAUGUACAUAUAUAUAUAUAUAAAAACACAUAUCUGUGGUCAAACUAACAACCACCAUCCACUCAUCCACUGUUUAAAGAUAAUUCUGCAAUGUUUCUGCCGUCUUUCAGCAAGCAAUACUGAAGGAUGGUGUUGUGGGAUUUUCUGGGUGAUUUUUAACAUCAGAUUCUGGUUUACAACUGAAGUCAGAGCAAGUAUGAGAACACAUGGUCAUGCACCAGAGUGUAAACUGGAGAGCAGGCACAGUAGAAUCAUGUUUGAAUAGGGUGGUUGUCAUUCAGCCCAAGGAAGAUUGGGACUAUUCUCUUUGAAUUCUUGAGCUGAUUUUUCAGUAUCUGGAUACAGGGAUUGCAGAAGCUAAUAGAAAUGUUUCUACUGACUUCAGUAGGAGUGGGAGUGGACCUCCUCUUGUUCUUAUUUUUUACAAGAUUUCUUUUCCAAUUACUGUAUUCUCCAGCCCACCUGAAUCAGGAGAGGUGGAAUACAGUGGGAAUAAAGCUAGGAAAAAAAAAUCUAUUUUUUUAGCAUCUCUCUAGCAGGAGAACUUUUAAAAUCAGGUCAAAAUUUUCUGAACAAAUUUGUGAGCACUGAACAAAACCUUAUAUCACCAAUCCUGUCUGUAAAAAAGAGUAGUUUUUUUGUUAGAUUUUUGUGUUUGUGGGGUUUUGUGGUUUGGUUUGUUGGAUUUUUUACUUUAUAAAGAGGCAUUUGGUAACGGAUUUUAAAGCCUGAACAGUGGAAUGCAGCCUGGCUCAGUGUCAGUAAAGCAAAAGUUGGAAGUACUUUAAUAAUACCACCCUGGAAAGAAGAUUCCUACCUAGGAUUCUUUUGUAUUAAUGGUUUAUUGAAAUUGUGUAAACUGAUUGUAUCAAAGAUAGUCAAGUAUAGAUUUCUAUGUAACCUAAACUCUAAAAUUAUGGCAAUUUGUCAUUUAUUUACUUAACCCUAUGUCUGAUUUAUCAAAUUUUUGAAUGUGCAUUAUACAUUGCCUUUAAUGUAAAAGCAGUUCUCACUUCAGAGUGAUGAAGCUAUUCUUAGUCGUGUUUUACCUAAUUGACCACUGAGAGAAAAGGUAAUUUCUAAAAAUGUAUGCCAUUUCUGAGAGCUAUCCCUUAUUGUCUCAUGGUUUUAGCUACAGUAGUAAUCAUGAAAAAAAAUUAACAGAACAAAAAAUUAACAGAAGAAACAGUUAUUUUCCUUCUCCUGGCUAUGUUGCAGAAGGAAUUUCUCUUCUGUGUAUCAGUAUAUGGGGUACUUGGUGUUGUUUCCUGCAUAAGGUCUAAAAUAAUAUUGUAGCUGACUGUAGGAAGAAGGCACUGAUCUAACAAAAUCAUUAAAGUUCUGUUCAAGAAGCAAACGUGUAGAAUCAGGAGGCAUAACAGUGUGGAGCUCAGUUUAGGCACGGGAUUGGGAGAGCAGGCAGUGUGAAAGAGGAGCAGCUAAACAUAGAGAGGAGAGGUGUCCAUCAAUUUGUAAAGCCUUGGAAAAGGAGUCACAGUUAACACAGAUGACAAAAGCACAAGCUCCAUGGAGGAAAAAAUCUCAGAAUACUUUUGGCUCCCCUUCUCUUCUACACUGUUGGUAAUAUUACAUAUUAAAUGGCUUUUCUUCAGUUUUCAAGGUUUAAAAUGGGGUGAGUAACAGGACUUCUACCAGUGUUCUGAGGAGACUCUUCCACCACCAGGACUCUGUCACAGUGUUCCUAAUGUUUCUGACUAUACUGGGUUUGCUAGUGCUGGAUUAAAAUGCCAAAAGUGCUAAAAAUGUAAAGAGUGGAAAUUAAAGGAGAGACAACAGGGAUGGUGAAGGUACCACUCAAAGAGCAAGAGAAGCAUGGAGCAGGAGCUGGCCUGAUGUGGGUUAAAAACCUGGCUGUCAGGAGGUAGCAGAAGAGCUCUCAGAAAGGACUGGAAGCAGAAAGGUGAGGAGGGUCCAUGUGUGCUGAGCAAUAAGACAUUCACUUCAGGAAGUGAAGGAAGGCCUGUGAUUUCUUUCAUGGAGGAGCCACAUAGAGGGGAGCUGUAAUUUGUCAGAGAAGGGGGCAGACAUAUUCCUUCCUUGUAGCCAUUCUUUCUGGUGGCAGAGGACAUACCUCCUCCUCUCCUGAUUAGCUGUGCAAGUGCCUUGCACAUUCCUCUAAAAAUUGCUGCCAGCCCUGGGGGAAGAAACCCCUGUGGCUGCCCAGCAGGGAGUUAAUCAUCACACACAUCUCCAUGUCAAAUUAAAUCUUCCUUUAGAAAAGUAGUGUGGGGGAAGAGGGGCAGUAACAAAACCUGCUCUGUGUGGUUGUGGAUGUGUGUGGGUGUGCACACACCUUUCUGUGAUCUAGCUACAUUGCAGUUCUCUGGGUUUUGCUGAGCUGAUCCAGGUGAUGAAAGUAAAAUACCAGUGAGAAAGUAAAAAUAAUGAAGAAUAAUAAAGCUGCAAAUGGAAGUCAGUAGGGAGAUAGAAAAGUUUUCUCUAUAAAAGCACAAAAUCUCACAUCAGAUUUCUUUCUGCCGAGCCUUUCUGAUCUGGGUGAUUUGUAUGGGUUCACAAAUGCAUUUGACACCAUGGGAGUGUGUAACAGAGAGAAAAAAGUUCUGCACGGAAGAUCUUACAAGAACAACUGCAUCAUCACCUUGAUGUUUCAGUGUGGUGGCAGGUUUAAAAAAAAUAACCAAACAACUAAAUUAGAAACACACUUUUGCUUCUGGGUUUGCAAUCAGUUUAUUCUGUAAGUCCCCUGUCUGUAAUCUCGGAAAGUUUUGCUUUAAAUCUCAGUCAAUCCAUUCUCAUUAACUUAAAUAAUCUGAAUAUCUCACAGAAGUGAUGAAUAUUUCUACUUCUUUGAAAUGAAAACUAUCCAAAGCACAGGACUUUAAUGUUCAUAUCACUGAAAUCAAUUUCAGUCUUCCAUAAUGUCAUUUACCUCACCUGUCCAAGGCAGGUGUGAGAUUUUUCUGGCAAAGAAAGAAAGAAGAGAAUCACAAAAGUAAGCUUGAGAUGUAAAUGCAAAAUUUACUUUCUUUUUUGUUCUCUUGUGGUUUGUUUUUGUUUUUUGGUUUUGUUUUUUUUUUUUCUGAAAAGUUUGCAAUACUGAUUCCUGGAAGUGUGUGUAAAUAUUAAUUAAGUUAGUAAUUGGAAUAAUGAGUCCAGCUUCCAGGAAACUGUACAAAGAUCAGUUUCCUCAACACACAAACUAAAUCCAAAGGAUUUAGUUUUUAAGGACUGGUUUCUAAACCAGUCCUUAAAAUCUUGAGCAGAGUUCUUCAUCUUUGCUCACAGAUGAUUUGGUGGUUAUAUGCUCACUUUUGUGCCUAUAAAAUCCCCAGCUCAUACAUCUCUGACAUCCAGAUGUAACUGAGAUGUGUUACAGCUCAGGUUCACACUGGGGCCACUGCCUUAAGCCUUCCCUUGCCAAAACAUGGGAUGCACAGAACCCUGGAUGUGUCUGCAGCUGAGGACUUUCACUAUUUUGCCCCAGAGCAGAUGCAGCCACAGUCAAAGGGUGCUAAAACCCUCUGAAACAUACGGAGCAUGUUUGAGGUUGAGUGGUUUGUGCACCUACACUCCCUGCAGACACCCAGCCUGUUCACAGAGCUCUGUCCCAGCUCCUGCCUGCACCUUUGGACCCAGGAGCUGCUGGCCACGUUAAUGACCCUGCAGCACUCAAGGCAAAACCCUGCACUCCAUUGCCCAUGCCUUACAGUGAGGCAUUACCCAAAGGCACACUCCAAACCCAACCUUUGGCAUGAAAGCAAGCCUCAUUUGUAAACUGUAAUUGAUUUUGAAGACUGAUGCUUUCCAGAGAAUUUUCCAUGGCAGCAAGGUAGAGGCAUUUUCCAGGUAUUGAGGUAGAAAAUUGCCAUUGUGCCCCAUGUCUAUUAACAGCCCUUUCUCUGAUUCCAGCCAGCAAUUUAAAUGGUAUUAAAUAUGAUUUAUAUAUGCCCUCCUCAGAAAUACCUGUAUGAAAACCAUCUUCAGUUCUAAGCACAUACAUUUAAAAUGUUGUAUUCCUCUGCUAGCACUCGAUCUCCAGAGCAGUCAUGAUUUCUACCAAGUGUUACUUUAUUUGUGCUGACCAAGAGACUUAGAAGACUCAAAUAUUUGACGCUGUAAAUAAAGCUACUAGGCUAACCAAUAAAACUGCCUAGUGAUCACUGAAUAAUUUGGACAGCUUUUGGAAUAGCUUUAUGCUUCUCCUUAAUCCCUUUUGCUGGAGUAUUUGUAGACCUUGGAGAAAAGAAAUGUCUCCAAACAUUGGCCAUUCCUAGACAGACAGAUGGUGAUCUCUGUAGAUCAGAAGAAAUAGUAUUUUCUCUUUAGUUUCUCUAGACCUCAGGAGUUUGCUACAUCUGAUCUCCUUUUCAUUAUUAAAUUAGGAAUGUUUUACUUUGAUGUGUGUGCAUACACAUCUCAUUAGCACUAAAGAGAUUUGAAGAGUGAGUUCAUGUACAAUAAUUCUUUUAACUUGUGUCAACACAAGACAGUACAUUGUCCUCUUUUCUUUAAGGAAAAAAAACAACCAAAACUGCUGUGUGACAGAGAUUCCCAAGCCAAACAAAGCCUUUUGGAAUAACUGGAUAUUACAGACUGAAACUAAAUUAUUCACCAGAGAAAACUGGAAAAAUAGUUUGCCUUUCAAGAAAUGCUGGUGUAAAACCCCCAAUAAACAUGUCUUUGCCAGGUAUCAUAGAUACAUAUCACCUGUCUUUCAGGUGACAGGUUAUGUACCCAGCUGGCUGUAAGAGCUGUUUUUGGAGAGUUGACUACCCCAUGGACAGUAUCAUUUGCUAGGGUGUAGCUGAAAGCACAUUUGUCCAGAGAACUACACCAACUUCUGCCAGAAUCACUGGGGGCUGUUGAGGAUGUUCUUAGCAGCUUCCAGACCACUGACCUCCUCUGAGCCAUUGCAAGUUUAUUGCAUUUAUUUAUCUGUCACAGGUUAGCAACUCUCAGAAACCAGUUUAUUAAAAUACUAAAGAUAAUAUUUCUGGUGAAGGCAACAUGAGUCAUUGAGAAAUCAAUCUUACUACUUUUGCCAUAUUUAAAAAAAGAUAUAUGUUGGUUAUACUGGAUAUAAACAGGUUAGUUGUAGGUGUUGGGUAACUGCAGGAUGUUUUAGGCACGAGGCAUUUUGACUUGCACCUGUCCAUUUAAGAAUUGUGGGAUCAUGUUACUCUUGUUAAAUGGUAAAACAAAACAAAGAUUCUUGAAUUAAAAAACAACCCAAACAAACAAAAAAAAACCCCACAAAAAACCACCACCAAACAGAAAACCCCCCAAAAACAAAGUAGGAGGAAAUAAUCUGUCACACAGUUGGGUUUUUUUAUUAUCUCUUUCCUAUCCAAUUUAAAAUAUAAAUAUGUGUCUACCAGAGACUUAUCAGUAGAUCUGGAAAAAAGGGAAUAUAUAUCAGCAAUAUACCAGUUCAAACUGUAGCCUAAAGGGCACUUCUGUUCCCUAAUCUGCUUUGGGAAAUGCCAGAUUUUUACCUCAUUGUACCUGUGAGAUAAGAACCCUCCUCCUAGUAACCCUCCUCCUUACCCACCUUACCUGUGGGUAAGGUGAAACUGCAGCAUCCCAAUGGAAGCAGCAGGAACAUUAGUUCUUCCAAGGGCAGCCAGAUGCAAGAGGAGCUCAUAGGUGUGGCACAAUGAGAGCAGUCCAGGACUAAUGACACAGGCACAAGGGUUUUGCCAUCCUGCUCUGCCAGACAGAAUUUGGACAGCAGCUGGCAGCACAGUUCAGUUUCAUGUCCCUGACUGUGGAAGGAGGCUCCCCUCAGGCUGAUUCACUCGAGCUGAGAUUUGAGCCCUGGAAGUGUUUUUUCUCUUCAUUAAAUACUGAAGAAACUACUAAAUUAAACCCCUCAGUGACAGGUUAAUGGUAGGUGGUGGGUGCUGAUGCUCCAGGAAAAGAUACAGGAAAUGCUAUUAUAGAUGGAAAGCUAGUCAUGAUGGUCUCUGCUCAAUCCUCAGGAGGGAAAAAUGCAUUGUGGAACUGAGGUGGGACUUUUUCUGUUCCUUUUCAAGUAAAUGUCAGGUUGUCUUUAGUCUUCUGGAUUUUAGGGGCAAGGCUAUUCAGUACCUUAGUGAAUGCUAGUGGCUUUGUGGCUUCAGAGCCAUUUACACCAGCAAGUUCCACAUUAUUCCAAGUUGUGUGAUAAAGGUAUUGCCCUGAACUGAUUUUGGAUCAGAAACCUUUUGUUUGGGGAGUGGGGAUGGAUUGAUUUUCCUUCUUUCUCCAAGGAAGGAGAAAGACCAGCACUACCCUUUCCAGGCCAAGUUUUGUCUUUCCUUCUUUUAUGAGGACAAAGGAGAUUUGGCUUUGCUUCCUUUCCAAGGUAAAUUAUCCCAGUAUUUUAUUCUUCUUUUCCUGUUGCAGUUCUUCCACAGCCUAGAUCAUUCCUAUCACCUUAAGUGUUUCCAGUGGCUGUUCUUCCUCAAUACCUAGAGCAAAAAAUCUGAUCCAGUUCCUAUAAGUUUAAAAUCCAGUCAUUUCUUCCCCCAUUGCAGUUCCUCCUGCAGAUGCUCUGUCUGUUUCUGCUGUCCCCUGUGUCAAACCAGCCUUCAUCACUAUCUGUGGGGACUCCAGUCCUGGCCAGCCAUUUCUUCCAAGUCUCCUGGCCAUGUCCUGCUCACAUCUGCCUUCAGUUUUGGCUCAGGGACUGCCCUUAAUAGUCUCAUCUGCAGACAGGAGUGUGAGGGUGUCACUUAACAAACAAUUAAUAAUACUGAAAACCUCACUAUUAGCAUUGUUCAUAGCCUGCCCAGAGCCUUUUUCUCUUCUCCUCUCUAAGCAGGUUUGGAUGUGUAAUCCAAUUUCUGUGUGCAGAAAAUUGCCCCUAAAUCAGCACAGGGGGGUGGUGGUUCAGCUGCAGCUCUGACACCCUCGCAUUGUCACUGCUGGGGUAGGAGCUGCCAGGUGCUGCUCAGCCAGGGUCUGUGCCCUGGAGCUGCCAGGGGUGCUCCACUGUCAUUGUUAUACACUCCAAAUAAGCCAGAACCCCUUUUUCUGACCUGGGAGGGAAGGAAAAAAAAGAAAGAAAGAAAACGAAAAUGAUAGCUUUUAACAAACUGAUUUCACAACUCAUUUAUCAAGCCCUAGAGCAAGCCAUUUAUUUAAGCUCCUUUUUGCUCCAUGAAAAGCAGUGUGUUAAAAGGGAGAGGUGAGUUUGGAGAGCAGUGCCACCGCCCUCAGCAGCACUUUGCUGGGAGGCCUCCCUCUGGAACUCAGGGGUAGGAGCUGUUAUUUCUCCUGAAGUGAUUCCCACCUAAAUCAAAUGAUUUCUUUUGUCAAGUCUAAUAGGCACUGAACACCACAGCCUUUGUUUCACUACAGAUAUGAAUGAAUGCCUCUAUACAGUACUUUCUGUUGCCAUGAAAUAUAUAUAUACACAUGCAUAUAGAUAUGUAUGUAUAUAUAUGUGUAUAUAUAUAUAUGUAAUGGGGAGUGUAAUUAUUGCUCUACUCAAAAAGAGGUGACAUUCCACUUCAAUAUUACUUUUAAGUGCAGCUUUUAAGAGAAACCAUGUCUUAAAGGGAAGCUGGAAGAGUUUGGAGGUACAUGUUGUAAUGAGCUUUGAUGAGAUUUAAUAAGCUUUCAGUCUUUAGGGUGAAAAGCACCCAAGAUGAUUUUUCCAUACCCUUCCCAGAUUAAACCCUGUAAGAAUUUAACCUGGGAGGCAUUGCUGGAACACUGGCUGCUCCUGAAGGUGUUGGCAUGUGCUGUGUGUGUCUGUCCUCAAACUCCAGCCUCCAUUUUGUACAUGAGCUUGACUGGAAGGCAAAAGACACACCUUUGUCUUGCUCCAAGACCCUGAUGGUAAAUUUUUGCCUCAGUAGAUGUUUUCCCUUUGAUCAGUGUGACUCUUUCAACUUUUUUUCCCUUUUAAUUUGUGUUAACUGAGUUUAUUGGGUGACUCCAGGAGGGCACACUCCAUCUGCCCAGCCCCAGAUCUUCCCUUUCAGCAGCAUACCUUCUUCUCAUUUGUUUGCCUGACUGCACUGGACCACUGUGAAGCAAUUACACAAGCAAUAAUGCAGGUGUUGCAUUUUUCUGUCAAUGCCUUUCAUGAGACAUAACUCUCCAUUGACACUGAAAAGUGGUAGGAGACCCAGAAGCUGCACUGUUGUUUACUGGCAAUAUAACCCAUGUCCAGUGCUCCUGCAGAGGUCCUCACUCCUCAGAGCAGUGGGCUGUCUUGGCCCAAUUUAAUUCAUAAGCCUGGAUUUUAAACAGUUUUGGAUCCCUUCACCAACACUCCAUCAAUCUUGCUUCCAUCAGUUUUUGUGCUUUUGUUUAGUUUCAAGCUAGAAGAAAGUUUAAAGAAAUGUGCUAAGACUCCCAUAUAGGGUGAGUAAAUAUACCAUAUGUUGCACAAAAAUUACGACAAAAUGAAGGGAUUUGCUCUCACAUUGAACAGAAUUAAUAAGUUCUAACUGAUAAAUUAAAUAGUUACUAAGAACAGCCUGGAGCAAAGUUUCUGCAAUCAAACUGUUCUCUGUUUUUAAUUUAAAAAUCAGCAAAUAGUGAGGUACAUUUUGCUGCCUUCUUUUAGAAGUGACCCAAAACUAAAAUGUGAAUUCUCUGUAUCAGGAGGUUUAUUGAUGUGAAAAAUCUAAAUUUCAGCAGCAUGUCCCGUGUUAGAUCACCUGCCUGUAGGCACAGGGAAAACCAAAGGCUGUUCACAAGAGAAACUCAUAUUAUGAAUGGUUUUAAAAUUCUUCAGAGCUCCUAUCCACUUCCAAAUGUCAGUAAUGGGGAGGAUCCAAAACCUUCCUGUGAACCCUGUCAUUUUGCAUGUUGAAAUCCUGGCUUGAAUUCAGGUCUCCACUUCAGCUUUUGUAAAUGUUAAUAUUCAAGUAGAACAAAAACCUUAGAGGCAAUUACAGCACGAACAUCUCUUCUAGUUUAUGUAUAGUAGCUGAUAGCAACGUCUGCAAUAAUAAUCUGUGUUUAUACAUGUGCUGUACAAUGUAACAGUUGGGUACAAAAUUCCUUUUAACUGUCACAAGAAACUAACUGGAUUGAUGUCACUUUUUGCUUGUAUGAAUAUAAUUAUUUGCCUUGCGGGGACCAGUUCCACUUUUGUCAUGUUAUUUAUGAUUUUUGAAUAAAAUUGUGAUAAAUUAGGCUCAUUUCUAAGGUAAACAAUACUGGAGCCAAGCAGCUGUCUCUGGACAUGUGCAUGUUAUCACAGCUGAUAUCAAGUCCAAAUCUGAUUCCUUGCUUUGCUUGGACCUUUCUUUAACCUUUCAGGCUUAUUCAGGGAAAUGUGGACCACUCUAUUUUCUUAUUAAAUAUAUCGCUUUGUGAAAAGCUGAACUUAUUUUUUAAAUCCUUUCUUUUCUGGUUCAGAAAGACUGUAACAAUCAUAUUUUUCUAAACUGCCUAUUGCUUGUGUUGGGAAAUUAUAAAGAGAUAUAUAUUUUGCUCUACAGAUUUCCAUGUACUUUUGGAACUCUUUGUUUUCAUAGAUAAAUCCUCCUGUUUGCUAGAAUUAGCUCAAAAAGCUGUAAGCUUCUGUAUACUGACUCUGUGAAAUUCUGUACAAAUGCAGCUGCAUCAAAAGACUGACUUUAUGUUUUAUGUAAAUUGUUGGAGCUAAGUCAUCCUGAGUGUUAUGCCACGCAAGAUGUACAAAAAGAAAUCAGGUCAUUGUUUUGAAAGGCUGGACAGUGUUAUGUCACACUGCCUCAAAGUCCCAGAUGAAAAUCAGGAGAGUUUCUGCUAGAAAAGGUACCAUUUUGGGCCCUGAGGCUGUAGAUUUUCUACACUGUUUAGAACCUUAUUUGAAAAUUAGUCCCAUGAAACUUCAUGAGAAAUAUUAAAAAUAAGGGCCUGUGGUGUGUGAGUAGCUAUGUUAGAAUAAGGACCUAGAAAAGUUUCUAAUGAAGAACAGGCCCUUUUAAGUAGUUAAGAGACUAUGAUUUGAGUAUUUCAGGACAACUUCUUGUGUUCUUUUCUGAGCUGUGGACUCCUCCUGUGUAUUGUGGAUUUAUUCCAUAGCUGAAAUGCCAGAUUAAAUUGAUUUAAGCCCCAUGAGCAGAUGAACAUAAUAGAAAGCUGCAGUGAAAUAUUGCAGAAAAUGGCCUGAUUUCACUCUUCAGAGCAAUAGUUAAAGUAACUCACAGCCGUGGCUUCUUUGCACCUGUGAAGCAGAGGCCCUUGUUUUGUACCUCAGCUGUGGCAUAACAUGGAAGGAUUUCUGCUCUCUGCUUGGAAAAUACUGUCUAUUCCUCAUCCUUGUCAAAGCAUAAUAUUUCCCAAGUGAAAAACAAUAUGAUUCUUCAAGACUCACAGGGGAGUUAAGGGGCAGCUGGAACCUUCUGUGAUCCAGCCACAUUAUUCCAAAAGUUUAUCCCUCGAUGACAAAUAAAAUAUGAUGUGACUUUGCUGUUUGCAAGCAGGAUCAAGAGACUGGAAAUUCAUCAUCCCAAGCCCUUGCCUGUUCUGUGACGCUUCAGUGUUACCAAUGAACUGUGUUGAAUUGGAUUAUAAAAUCAGAGUAUUUUAUUGCAUGUGUCCUUUUUUGAAAUGAAAAUAUGGUUGUAUUUGAUGUUGCAGUUAUAGUGCAGUAAAUAAACACAUGUGCGUUUCUUUUU